AUGGAGCAGCCCAAGGGCCCCGCUGAGAUGGAGGCUGUCACUGUCGUCUGGACCAAGAACUGGCUGAUUGUUGCCUAUGGCGCCAUCAUGCUCAUCUCCUUCAUCAACUCCCUCCAGCAGCAGGCGAAUUUCACUUGGAAGCCCUACGUCACGUCGACCUUCAUGAAGCACGGUCUGACUGCCAUGACUGAUAUCGUGGCCAACAUCGUCGGGGGUGUCUCCAAGCUGCCACUGGCCAAGUUCAUUGAUCUCGUCGGACGCCCCCAGGGAUUCUUGGUCUGCCUUGCCUGCAUCAUCAUCUCGUUGAUUCUCAUGGCCAUCUGCCAGAAUGUGCAGACCUUCUGCGCUGCUCAGGUCAUCUACUGGACUGGUAUGAAUGGUGUCGAUUACGUCUUCAACAUCUUCAUCGCCGAUACCUCGCUCAUGAAGAAUCGCCUCAUCUGGAUGGGUUUCACGGGACUACCCUAUGUCGUCAAUACUUUUGCUGGACCCAAGUUGGGUGAGACCUUCCUCAAGCACGGUGGCUGGCGCUGGGGCUAUGGAACAUUCACCAUCCUGACUCCGGCCUUCUCGCUCUCCUUCUGGGCUGUCUUCUGGCUCAUGGGUAGGCGCGCGAAGAAACUUGGCGUUCUCAAGCCCGAGAAGAGCGGUAGGAGCCUGACGGAGAGCAUCAAGCACUGGUGCAUCGAGUUUGACGUGGUUGGACUCUUUCUCGUCUGCGGCGGUUUCUCGCUUCUCCUUCUCCCGUUCCCACUUGCAGCAUACCAGACGGAUCGCUUCGCUUCACCCAUGGUCAUCUGCAUGAUUGUCUUUGGCGCCAUCCUCCUGGGUCUCUUUGUGGUCUGGGAGCGCUUCUACGCCCGCAAGUCGUUCUUCCCAUUCUACCUCAUGAAGAACCGUAGCGUUAUCGCCGCCUGCUUGCUCGGUGGCAAUUCAUGGAUCGCCUUCUACUCCUACCGCAUGAUGUACUCAUCCUACCUCCAGGUCGUCUUCCAGCUUUCGGUUUCAAAGGCAGGCUACAUCACCAACAUCUUCAACAUUGUCUCGUGCACCUGGGCCAUCAUCGUUAGUUUUGCGAUGAAGUACACUGAUACGUACAAGUGGGGAGCCAUCGUCGCAGUCCCUGCCCAGCUUCUCAUGACUGGCCUGCUAAUCCAUCUCCGUACGCCCGGCAGCAACAUUGCGGUUCUUAUCCUGAUCGAAGUCUUUGGCGCAAUGGCGAGCGCGAUGCUUUACAAUGUCGAACAAGUCGCCAUCAUGAUCGCGGUGCCACACGAGGACCUGGCCGUCAGCAUUGCACUCCUCAACGUUAUCACUGCUGUCGGUGGUGCCAUUGGUCAGUCCAUCAGCGCAACCAUGUGGGCCCAGAUUGUGCCGCGAAAGAUUGCAGAGUAUCUCCCCGAGGCGUCGCCAGCCACUGUAGCUCAGCUUUACGGUGAUCUCAACGCUCAACUGGGAUCAGCAUGGGGCAGUACCGAGCGUGAGGCUGUAGUGCGCGCCUUUGCCGACGCCCAAAAGGUAAUGGUCAUCUUCGGAACUUGUGCGCUUGUUCCUUGCUUGGUGUGGGUGGCUAUGCUCAAGAACGCGCGGAUGAGCGAGCACAAGGCCAGAAAGGGUCUGCAGGCAUAG